UCCAUGGCAUGGAGACGCUAUAAAAUCUUUGGAACAAUUAGGUUAUUUCAUUUCAUUUCAUUCAAGCGUUCUGGGCAAGCCCUAAAACCUCAAACCUGAUACUAACAAUUCUCUCCCAUGUUGUAUUAACACAACACAUAUCUUAUAGACAUCAGGUUUUUUAAAAAGAAAUUUUCUCCUCAUUUGUCACUUUUCUUUUCCGAUCUGAAGUAUAAGCAUUUUAAGAUUUACAAUUAAAUCCACAUAAAAUCUUCAGUUCGAUCUAAGGCAGAUUGAUGCGAUUAUCUUUGAGGGAGGGAAGAGUAGUCUAGCAGCAUGGAGGUUUUGCAGGGUGCAAGCCAGGAGGUUUAUACUUCUUCAACUAAGCAGAGAAUAGCGGUUUUCCGGGACAGUAUCAUCCCUCUUCUGGAUAAGCUAGGAGAGAUAAAUAUUGAUUGUGCUACACUAUUGGUUGAUGUAAUUUUAAAGACAUUAUUUAUAUAUGAUGAUCGUCCAUCUCAAGUAGCUGUGGAGGAUGUCAUAUCAAAGGCUCUAAGAGAACCUGUAUUUGUAAAAGCCUUUGCUGGGGCUCUUGUUCAAUCUGCAGAGAAACAUGUAAAGGCUGGUUUAAAUCUAGCAUGUUACAAGCUUUUUAGAUGGUCCUGUCUGCUGGUUAGAUUGAGUCCAUCCAUUACUACAUCAAAGAAUGCCUUCACGAGAAUUGCUUCUGUACAAGCAUCCCUGCUUUGUGUGCUUCUACAGCCAUCAAUACGCUUACGCAGGGCUACCAAGAGAGUCUUUAUUCAUCUCCUUAGUGAGGUGCCAAGUUUAUUCAUACUUUAUGUUGGAGAGCUGCAGAAUGCAACUAUCAAAAUGGAAUACAGCUCAGGGUUAAUUGCAGUGUUAUUAGAAUAUUGUGCAAACAUUUCUCCUUUGUUUGAAGAACACAGGACAGGUUUCCGUGAGCUGUACCUCAAAAUUGUUCUUAACUCAAGGGAAAGACCUCCAAAGACACUCACUGAAGCUUUUCAACCGCUUUUCAAGCACAUGGGGCAUGAGGAUUUUGGAAAAAUAGUGGUGCCAACUUCUAUAAAGAUGUUGAAGCGCAAUCCAGAGCUUUCCCUUGAGGCUGUUGGUGUCCUUCUAAACUUAGUAAAUCUUGACUUGAGCAAAUAUACUGGUGAUUUUCUGCCAACAGUUCUACAACAGGCUCGUCACAAUGAUGAGAACAGAAGGAAGGAGGCUUUGGAGAUAAUUAAAAAUCUAAGCUUGCAGUCCAGUGAUCCUGAUGCUAUAGUUACUAUGUUCAAUUCCGUAAAAGGAAUAAUUGGAGGAUCGGAAGGGAAAUUAGCAUUUCCUUAUCAAAGAGUUGGAAUGUUUAAUGCAAUCCAAGCUUUAUCAAAUGCACCUCCUGGCAAAGCCUUAAACACUCUGGCCACCUCUGCAUCACUCUUCUUGAUUUCCACUUACAAAGAAGAUGGUAAUGAGGAUGUUCGUCUCUCACUAUUGUCAGCCCUGGGUUCUUGGAUUCUAAGAUCAACAGAAGGCAUUGUAGAGAACGCUGCAUCGUUCUUUAUUAGUGGACUCAAAGAGAAGGAAGCCCUACGGAGAGGACAUCUUCGCAGUAUGCGAAUGGCAUGCAAGAACAUGGAAAUUUUGAUACGGAUGCAACCCUUGGUAGAGCCAUUACUUCAAAUUGUUAAAAGUGGUGCUUCAAAGCCUGCACAAAGAGUGGAGGGAAUCUAUGCUCUGCUUCUUGUGGUAAAGAUCGCAGCUGUUAAUACAAAAGCUGAUGACAUGCUCAUAAAAGAGAAGAUCUGGCAGUUGAUCUUUCAAUCAAAUUCUUCUCUGAUUUCCACUACUGUGGCUUCAAAAUUUGCUGUAGAUGAUUGUGUGGCUUUUAUGGAUCUUGUUGAGGUGCUACUUUUGGAGCAUUCACAGAGAGUGGCUGAAUCCACACAAUCAAAACAGCUUUUACAAUUGGCACUCUUUUUUCUCUGUCACCCUUCUUGGGAGGUUCGUCGACUUGCAUCCAUAGCAGUGAAGCGUGUUCAUUCGUCUGUAUCAAAAAUUUCAGAAGAUUUGUUAUCUGAAUUUCUCGAAUGGCUUCCUGUACUGGGAGAACGCCUGGAGUUUGCAAGGACAAGUGAUGCAGAAAAUGUGACAGAUAGCUUACUACCCAUGGUGCCACCAGAAGGGGUUCUAGUAAAGGCUUUGCUUGUCAUUGCAGCGCCAGCUCUUGCAAAAAUCCCAAGUACAUGUGCCCUGCUUUUGUUGUGUUCUCAUCAUCCAUGUGUUACAAGAGGAAGCCGCAAGAAUGUAGUGUGGAAGGUAUUGGUUAGAAGUAUCAAAAAAAAUGGUCUGGAUGUUACACAAACACUGGCAACUUAUCCAGGAGUUAUUUGUGAGAUAUUAUUAGGACCAAGGGGUUUAAUGAAUUCGGGAUGCACGGAAUCUCAGGCUGCUAUUGCUGCUCUAUCAACGGCAAUGCAGAUCAUACCUAAUGAAAUCUAUGCUGAAUUUAUAAAGAGACUAGAAGAGCUCAGUGAACGAGGCUUGCACGAUGGACUUACCGAAACUGAUAUAAAGAUAUUCAACACACAAGAAGGAGUGUUGUCUAGCGAGCAAGGAGUAUAUGUUGCAGAGGUUGUUACUGAUAAAAAUAUAAAGCAAGCAAAAGGGCGAUUCAAAUUGUAUGAUGACCUAGAAAAUGGGGAACCUGUUAAAUCUGGGUCUCCUAUUCGCCAAACUUCAGUGAAAAGAGAGACAACAAACAUGGGGAAAAAGGAUAUUCCAAAGGCCACAAAAAAGCUUGCAGAUGGAGAUAAGUCAAAAUCUGCAAAGGAAGAGGCACGUGAAUUGCAGCUUAAGGAGGAAGCAGCUGUGCGUCUGAUGGUCAAGCAUAUACAAGAAAUUCUGUCUCUAAUGCUGAGAGCUCUUGGGGAAAUUGCUAUAGCCAAUCCUGUAUUUACUCAUAUGAAGCUACCAUUCUUGGAAGAUUAUGUGAUGCCAUUGCUAAGUUCACCUAUAGUUAACAGUGAUGCAUUUGUGACCAUGGAGAAGUUCGCAAGGUGUGUUGCUCCUCCUGUAAGGCAUUUAGCACUUGAUAUUGCUGCUGCACUGAGAACUCUUGCUACAUCAAAGUCAUCAGUUGUAGAAGAGCUGGUUUUACCUUCUGAUACACCCAAUGCACAGGAGAAGAAAGUGCCUGGCAUUUUUGAAAGGAUUGUUGCUGGUUUGGUAACUGCAUGUAAAGAUGGACCACUUCCAGCUGAUUCUUUUACAUUCAUUUUUCCGAUCUUGGAGCAGAUUCUCCUAUCACCAAAGAAGACAAAAGUCCAUGACGAUGUUCUAUAUAUAUUUUCAUUGCAUCUGGAUCCAGUUGUUCCACUUCCUAGGCUCAGGAUGAUUACGGUUCUGUAUAAUGUUCUUGGAAACAUGCCAGCCUACCAAGCAACAGUUGGCCCCAUGUUAAAUGAGCUUUGCCUUGGAAUCCAUGCUAGUGAAGUAGCACAGGCACUUGGUGGAAUAUAUCUGAAACAUGCACAUGUACGGAUUGCUUGCUUGAAAGCAAUCAAGUGUGUCCCUGCUGUUUCUAAGGGAGCUGUCCCUGAUAAUAUUGAUGUUAUCACAAGUAUUUGGAUUGCUUUACAUGAUCCUGAAAAGUCAGUCGCAGAAGUAGCAGAGACUCUCUGGGAACGUUGUGCAUUUGAUUUUGGGACAGACUACUCACGCCUUCUUGCAGCACUUUCCCAUGUGAACUUUAAUGUUCGGCAGGCUGCUGCAGAAGCUUUGGCUGCAGCCAUGGAUGAAAGCCCUGAUACAAUACCGGACACUCUAUCAUCAUUAUUCUCCCUCUAUGUGCAAGAUACUCCUAGUGGACGUGACACUAUUGAUCCUUCUUGGCCUGGAAGACAGGGAAUAGCACUAGCUUUGAAUGCAGCAGCUGAUAUUUUAACAACAAAAGAUAUUCCCAUUGUUAUCACUUUCUUGAUUUCACGAGCUUUGGCUGACUGCAAUAUGGAUGUACGAGGAAGAAUGAUAGAUGCUGGUGUCAUAAUUAUUGAUAAGCAUGGCAAAGACAAUAUAUCCCUCUUGUUUCCUAUUUUUGAAAAUUACCUGAACAAAAAGGCUACUGAUGAGGAGACAUAUGACUUGGUUCGUGAAGGAGUUGUUAUAUUUACAGGAGCACUUGCUAAGCAUCUUGCUACAGAUGAUCCAAAAAUAUCCAUAAUACUGGAGAAGUUACUGGAAGUAUUAAACACCCCAUCAGAAUCAGUUCAACGUGCAGUAUCAAAUUGCUUGCCACCUUUGAUGAAAUCGCAGCAGGAAAAUGCUCAAGUUUUAGUUUCAAGGCUCCUAAAUCAACUAACACAGAGUGAAAAGUAUGGAGAGCGACGUGGAGCAGCUUUUGGCCUUGCGGGUGUUGUCAAGGGAUUUGGCAUUUCUAGUAUUAAGAAGUAUGGUAUUGUGGAUUCAUUAAAGGCAGGGUUGGAAGAUAGGAAUUCAGCAAAGGCACGUGAAGGAGCUUUGUUUGGAUUUGAAUGCCUUUGUGAAAGACUUGGUCGAUUAUUUGAACCGUAUGUUAUUCAAAUUCUUCCCUUACUGCUGGCAUGCUUCUCUGAUCAAGUUAUUGCCGUUCGUGAGUCUGCUGAUUGUGCUGCUCGUGCCAUGAUGUCUCAGUUAAGUGGGCAAGGGGUGAAGCUUGUACUCCCAUCUUUGCUCAAGGGUUUGGAGGAUAAAGCUUGGAGGACUAAACAAGGAAGUGUUCAGCUACUGGGAGCUAUGGCUUAUUGUGCUCCUCAGCAGUUAUCACAAUGUCUUCCAAAAAUUGUUCCAAAACUUACUGAGGUUUUAACAGAUACACAUCCAAAGGUCCAAUCUGCUGGUCAGAUGGCUUUGCAACAGGUUGGCAGUGUGAUAAAAAAUCCAGAAAUAUCUGCUCUUGUGUCCACAUUGCUACUAGGUAUUUCAGAUCCUAAUCAGCAUGCAAAAUAUUCCCUUGACAUUAUUCUACAGACAACUUUUGUCAAUACCAUUGAUGCACCUGCUCUAGCAUUGUUGGUACCUAUAGUUCACCGUGGUCUCAGAGAGAGAAGUGCAGAUACAAAAAAGAAAGCAGCCCAGAUAGUUGGAAACAUGUGCUCUUUGGUAACAGAGCCAAAAGAUAUGCUUCCAUACAUAGGCUUGCUUCUUCCAGAAGUGAAGAAGGUACUUGUAGAUCCUAUACCAGAAGUACGUGCAGUUGCGGCUAGAGCUAUUGGGUCCCUCAUCAUGGGAAUGGGUGAAGAGAACUUCCCAGAUCUAGUACCAUGGUUAUUAGAGACCGUGAAAUCAGACAACAGUAAUGUUGAGCGAUUGGGAGCUGCACAGGGCUUGAGUGAGGUCUUAGCUGCUUUAGGUAAGGAAUAUUUUGACUCUCUUUUCCCAGAUAUCAUUCGAAAUUGUUCCCAUCAAAAGGCUGCUGUUCGAGAUGGCCAUCUCACUCUCUUCAAGUUUCUUCCGAGAUCUCUGGGACCAAUGUUUCAAAGUUAUUUGCCACGCGUAUUGCCAGCCAUAUUAGAUGGUCUUGCAGAUGAGAAUGAAUCUGUACGUGAUGCAGCUUUGAGUGCUGGACAUGUUCUAGUUGAGAAUUAUGCUACCACGUCUUUACCACUUUUACUUCCAGCGGUGGAAGAUGGCAUAUACAAUGAUAAUUGGCGUAUUCGUCAGAGUUCUGUUGAACUUUUGGGUGAUCUUCUCUUUAAGGUUGCAGGAACAUCUGGUAAAGCACUUCUAGAGGGUGGCAGUGAUGAUGAAGGUGCAAGCACUGAGGCUCAUGGGCGUGCAAUAAUUGAUGUCCUUGGAAGAGAAAAGCGGAAUGAAGUUCUUGCAGCAGUUUAUAUGGUUCGUUCUGAUGUGAGCUUGACCGUGAGACAGACUGCAUUGCAUGUGUGGAAGACUGUUGUUGCGAAUACUCCCAAGACACUCAAAGAAAUCAUGCCAGUUUUGAUGAAUACACUAAUUACUUCAUUAGCAUCUACUUCGUCAGAGAGGCGACAGGUUGCAGGCAGGUCACUUGGAGAGCUUGUUCGGAAACUAGGAGAGAGGGUGUUACCAUCUAUCAUUCCAAUUUUGGCCCAAGGCCUGAAAGAUUCGAAUGCUAGCAGAAGACAAGGUGUAUGCAUCGGGCUGAGUGAAGUGAUGGGUAGUGCUGGAAGGCAGCAACUUAUGACAUUCAUGGGAGAUCUUAUACCAACUAUUAGAACAGCACUAUGUGACAGUGCUUCAGAAGUGCGUGAAGCUGCAGGGUUGGCUUUCAGCACUCUUUACAAGAGUGCAGGUCUGCAAGCUAUUGAUGAAAUUGUCCCAACACUUUUGCAUGCUUUAGAAGACGAAGAAACUUCUGACACUGCAUUGGACGGUCUGAAACAAAUUUUGAGUGUACGAACUACAGCAGUUCUUCCACAUAUAUUACCAAAGCUGGUGCAUCCUCCCCUCUCUGCUUUCAAUGCUCAUGCUCUGGGGGCCUUAGCAGAGGUUGCUGGUCCUGGUCUUGACUCACACCUGGGAACAGUUUUACCUCCUCUAAUUGCUGCUAUGGAUGAUUGUGAUGAGGAGGUGGCAACCAUGGCUAAGAAGGCAUCUGAAACUGUUGUCAUGGCUAUUGAUGAAGAUGGCCUUGACUCUUUAAUAUCAGAGCUUCUUAAAAGUUUGGGAGAUAAUCAGGCCUCUGUCAGAAGGGGCUCGGCAUAUCUUACUGGUUUCUUCUUUAAGAACAGCAAGCUAGACUUAAUUGACGAGUCUCCAAAUCUAGUUACCACACUGAUUGUUAUGUUGACAGAUCCAGAUUCUUCCACUGUUCAGGUGUCAUGGGAGGCACUGGGAUCUGUAAUAGGGUCACUGCCAAAAGAAAUCCUUCCAACAUAUGUAAAAAUAGUCCGUGAUGCAGUAUCAACUGCAAGAGACAAGGAACGGAGAAAAAGAAAAGGUGGGCCGAUACUUAUUCCAGGUCUUUGCCUGCCAAAAGCUCUUCAGCCCAUCCUUCCUGUUUUUUUGCAAGGUUUGAUGAGCGGCUCAGCUGAAUUGAGAGAACAAGCAGCUGAGGGUUUAGGGGAGCUAAUAGAUGUGACUAGUGAAAACGCAUUGAAGCCUUUUGUUGUUCCAAUAACGGGGCCUCUCAUUCGAAUCAUUGGAGACAGGUUCCCUUGGCAAGUCAAAAGUGCCAUUUUAUCUACAUUGGGUAUUCUAAUAAGCAAGGGUGGAAUAGCGCUCAAGCCUUUUCUUCCACAGCUUCAAACAACUUUCAUCAAGUGCUUGCAGGACAAUACAAGGAUUGUGCGUUCAAGUUCAGCUCUGGCACUGGGAAAGCUUAGUGCACUAAGCACCCGUGUUGAUACUUUGGUCAAUGACCUUCUUUCAAAUUUGCAGGUGGCAUCUGAGGGUGGAGUUAAGGAGGCCACAUUGGUUGCACUUCAAGGUGUACUCAAGUAUGCUGGAAAAAGUAUCUCUGGGUCUGUAAUUAGUCGUGUUAUCAUAGUGCUUAAAGAAUUUUUACGUUUGGAUGAAGAUCAGAUCAGGGUUUCUUCUGCAAAAGCGAUUGGUACUGUUUCUCAGUAUUUGGAAGAUGGAGAACUGUCUGGCUUAUUGGCUGAGCUGUCAGUUCCAGUUCCAUCAGAGUCAUGGGCUGUUCGACAUGGAACAAUUCUUAGUUUGUCAUCGAUGUUUAGACUCAGUGCUGCUCGUAUAUGUGCUUCAGAGGCAUUCCCCACAGUUGUUGAUUGUCUUAAAAAUAAAUUGAAGGAUGAUAAGGUUCCUGUUCGUGAAAGUGCAACAAAGGCUCUAGGAUAUCUUCUGUCAUAUGAAGCACAGGCUCACUAUUCAGGCCCUUAUGGUUUUUCUGAACUUUUGCCCUUCUUGGUAUCCUGUUUGCGUGAUGACUCCAGUGAUGUGCGCAGAAGAGCACUAGGAAGUCUCAAGUCUGUUGCCAAGGUAGAUGUCACAGUAGCUGCUGCAUAUCUACCAACCUUGGGACCGGUAAUUGCUGAAUCUCUGAAGGAUGGAAGUACUCCUGUCCGUCUUGCUGCAGAACGCUGUGCUCUCCAUGUUUUCCAGCUUACAAAAGGUACAGAGAAUGUUCAAGCUGCACAAAAAUAUAUUACUGGCCUUGAUGCUAGACGUAUAGCAAAGCAACCAGAAAUAAGUGAUGGAAGUGAAGAUAGUGAAGAUGACGUAUCAACCAUUUGAUGUAAACAUGAACUAUAGUACUUCAUCAGUUUAUUUAUUUUUUUGAAAUAAUGGCAUCUAUUCUAUAUCUGAAAACUAAGAGGGGUUAGCAUUAGCGGCUUUUGGAGAAGUCAGGAACAGUUCUUAAUUCCAGUUGUAAUUUUUCUCUGUACCAUAUUUGGUUAUAAAUAUCGUUCCCAUGGUGUUUAAGUAUUUGCAUUUUUGGAUUACUUGCAUUGUCUUAUCAUAAUGAUUUAGAUUCAAUUU